CUCCGCCGAGCCGCAAACCAACCGUCACCCCGUGCUUUCUUCUGGAUUUCUUUAAUCUCCUCCCAGCUCCUUGCAACCUCAAUUGCCGUUCCUCUCUCUCUCCUCUCGCCUCUGAAUAUGGCGGCCACCGAACUUGAGGCGGUGCGCCUCUACAAGGAGGUUGUCGACCGGCUUCUGGAUCGCGCAGCUCAAGUCAAGCCCGAUUCUCACAUCGAACCCCCAUUGACCGAGGGGACCCUGGGCGAGCCAAUCUGGCAGGUUCCUGCCGACAAACAGGAAAUUGUCAAGGGACUAAAUCUGCAGACUCAAUUUGCCGCUGUGGAGAUUGCGUUUCGUGAGAAAUUCUAUCGCAUCUUGUCAUCAACCUCUAUCCAAGACCCUUCUUUCAUUCACAUCUGGAACCUACUCGAUAUCAUCUCCAUAUUUUCCGACAACGAACAGUGUGAACCCGGUCUGAUAUUUUGGCUGAUUGAGGAGCUUUUGGACAGCCAAACAAUCGAUGGCUGUCGAAAGGUCUUUGAUUACUUGGAGUCGCGCCGCGAGCGGAAUAUCAAGAAACAUUUCAAACAGAAGAGUCUCGUCAUCUUGAGAUCUUGUAACGAACUUCUCCGCCGACUAUCUCGUGCUGAAGAUACGGUGUUCUGUGGUCGAGUCUUCAUCUUCUUAUUUCAGAGCUUUCCACUCGGGGACAAGAGUUCUGUCAACCUCCGGGGCGAAUUCCACACCGAAAAUGUCACCACCUACGACGAUGUCUCCAAGGCAUCUACGCAAAACGACGAAGAUACAAUCAUGGCCGAUGGCGACCAGGGAGAUUCUCCCACUGAGAAUCCACCGGACGGUACAGUGCAGCCUGAGGGAUCGUCACAAGUUCCAAAGGUGGUGGUUACGACAGAUAAAACGGUCAGAGGACGGAAAGGCGACAACAAGAACGAAAAGGUUGAUCUUGACGCGCUUUAUCCAGCAUUUUGGAGUUUACAAGCCUACUUCUCUGCUCCAAGCAAGAUGUUUGACCCAGAGCGAUUCGCUGACUUCAAGGCUGGCCUCGAUGCGACGCUCUCUGCCUUCAAGAAUAUCAACACCGAACUCAAGAAUCAGAGCGGAUCGCGCUCGUCUGAUGAAGCCCGAAAGGCCCACAAGCGCAAGCGUGUUACCGAUGAUGCUGAAAUUGGAACGAGUUUCAACCCGAAGUACCUCACCAGUAGGGACCUAUUCAAUCUUGAAGUGAGCGACACGGCCUUUAGACGACACGUUCUGGUACAGGCUCUCAUUCUCAUCGAUUUCAUGUUGUCUCUCACGCCAAACGCCAAGGCUCGAUUGGCCGACGCGACAAACAAGUCUGUCCUGUACAGCUUUGUCCUCAAUGAAGAGCAUGCCAAAUGGGCGACUGAUAUGAGAAAAAGCAUCGAGGGGUACUUGCGCCAGGGCGAUGGUGGGAAUUUCUACUUUCGCAUGGUUGAUACCGUAUUGUCGAGGGAUAAGAAUUGGGUGCGCUGGAAGGCUGAGGGAUGCCCACCGAUCGAACGGCCGGCAGUGUCAGUGCUGGAUUACAUGCAGGCACGAGAGCACGCAACCAAAGCCUACGCCAAUAAACGACUUCGUCCUUCCCCGAUGGGAUCUUUGGACCUCGAGUUCUUGUCCGAUAGCGAAGCAUUGGCCAACCUCGAGCGGCUGAAAGAAUCGGACAGGGUUGCCGUGCCCUCCGCAGAAUCUCUAAUGAUGGGUAUCAUGGACGACGAGAUGGAUUUGGGUUUUGCUCAGACCACGGACGACAAGGAUAUUGCAGAAAAGGCCAAGUCAAGCAAGCUCUGGCGCCUCCUCCGCUUGUCAGUCAAGACGAAGCUUGCCAGAUUCGAUAAAUUCAAAGAUGGGGAAAACGUCAACGCUCUAUUCGAAAGCCCGGAGGCACCGAUGGGGACCCCUCAGGCCACUGAAGGCCCUGAGGGCACUAGUCAGCCUCCCGAGGAAGGGGCUGGACAAGAUACCACUACAAAGCUGACCUCCUUCGGUGGCGAUGGUGCGCAAGACGAAGAGAUCAAGGACAUCCUUGUCGCCAACGAGAGCCAAGACGUCAUCGAUAACUCUCAACAAGAAGAGUCCCAACCAGAAGCAAUGCCCGAAUCAGGAUCACUUGCGCCCCCCGAAGAGAAUACGAAUGAUGCGCCAAACCCUUUGCCCUCUAGCGCGGCUUCUGGGGAUAAUCUCACAGAGGAGCCAGCGGCAACCUGAGAGGCUGGCAGAUUAUUCUGCAGACGCCAAGAUCUGGGCCUGGACGCUUCACUGCUUUGACCACCUCCUUUAUUGCUGCUGCGGAGCGAUACCUGCAACGGGUAUCGUUUUUCGGCGCAUGGCUAGUCCCUGAUCAGCUACAUCCACCUGUCCGGGUCACUCGGACAAGCCUCUUAUGCAUUAAUAUCACGACGAAAAUGCAAGGCUUGCGUCCGCAUCGUGAGAACAGGUAGAGGGGUCUUUGCAGCCUGCACGAUGAUCACUCCUUCGUGUUUCAUUCUUCAAAUAGCGCAUGCUUAGUACGGAGCCUAGCGAGCAUGUCCGCGUCACUUGUCGCAUGUUACCCUAAGCGAUCUUUCUUGAUUCAUCGAAAACUGCGCAUAUGGGAUCCUCUUGCACACACGACUGAAGACACCUUGCGGCGAUCUUAUUCAUUGCGAAAACAUUGCGCGGUGAAAGAUUGGUAUUUCCUUCUAAGUAUUUCGCGCAACCUACAUCGUGGGUCCAAAAUGCAUAAGACCCAGGCUCGAAAUUAAGGCUACUUGGCUAAACGGAUGAUUUGUGGUUUUGUCGAUUAGAAGCCAAGCCGGCGAACUCUGCGUGGCUGUACCUGCAUGAGUACAAUUCCACAAUGCCGGGAGAAUGUCUCUGAUUUGGAGCCCUAGCGAGACAAUGAAGGCAUGUUUGGCACGGGUCGAUGAUCUACCGAAACGGAGGAAGGCCACGUUGUUGCUCUGUGGGACAAGGUAAACCAUGGUAGUCAUCCAUGGAUUUCACCCUGACAGUAAUGGUUGGUUUGCGAUGGGGUGCUUCUGGUAUUGUAUUCGCUACCAACGUGUGGGACUGGGAAAUCCUCGAACUGAUCGGCAACUCUAUUACAUUUGAACGAGAGGUUCCUGCAUGACAUGCAGUCAUCAAACAUGACUCAAAUCCUGUAGCUGUCGUAAUCUAGGAAUAAAUCAUUUUUCCUCGAAUCAUUCUUUAGCCAUAUUAUUGACCCUUCAAAGGAG